AUGUCUGGCACAGAAACCUUCGCUGUUCCGUUGUCUGCAGACGCUAUCUCCUCCGUGUGGCUUGCUGCAUUGAUUUCUGACCUUUCCAGCCCCAGUUUUACUCUCAAGCGCUCGUUUACAAACGAUAGCUACUGGCGAGAUCUCUUGGCAUUCACUCCUGAUUUUCGUACCUUGCAUGCACUUCCAGAAAUCCAGCAUUUUUUCUCAGUCCCGGUUGAACUUGCGCGGCCAAGUCGGUUCCGACUCUUGCCAGGUGUUCGUCAGAGGCGCAUUGGUCCUACAAAAACGUUCAUCCAGGGAAUUGUUCAGUUCCAUACGGUCAUAGCGCAGUGCACUGGCGUGUUCACUCUGACUCAAGGCGAGGACUCCUCAUGGAAGGCUUGGUCCUUUGUGACCAUGAUGGAUCAGUUGUCCGGCGUAGUCGAUUGCUUUAGUGCACAUACGCCUCUCUGCUGUCCUGCUGAGUGGAAAACUACAAUGGAGUACACAGCGGUCGUCGUGGGUGCAGGUCAGUGCGGCUUAUCCGUGGCUGCCCGUUUGGAGAAUCUCGGCAUCUCUACGCUUGUCUUGGAGAGAUCUAGCGCAAUUGGCAAUAAUUGGCGUUCUCGAUACGAGUCACUGGAGACGAAUACUCCAAGGGCGUACAAUCAUCUUCCCUUCGUCGCAUUCCCAGAGGGAUGCGGAAAAUAUAUCCCCUGUAGAGACGUUGCUGACUAUCUUGAAAAUUACCAAAGGACUCUUGGUCUUCACGUGUUGACCUCGGCGUGCAUUUCUGCUACUUCAUAUGACGCUUCGUCAAGUACCUGGACAUUAUCUAUAUCUCUUUCAGGGCAAGCCUCCAUUACUGUGACAGCCCGGCACCUGAUUGGUGCAACAGGCACUGGUACAAUGGGAGGUGCACUCCCGUUUAUGCCGUCGAUUCCAGAAAAAAGUUCCUUUCUCGGUUCUGUUAUCCAUUCAAGUGAAUACAAGUCCUCUUCCUGUAUCGGCGCGCAGAAAGUCGUCGUCGUCGGCGCAGGAUGCUCUGCGCACGAUAUUGCUCAGGACAUGGCAAAUCAUGGGUCUCAGACAGUGCUUGUCCAGCGUUCUCCAACUGCCGUUGUGAGUCGCCAGACGAUCGACCGUCUACUUACCGGAUAUGUUGGGCAGGACGUUCCUGCGACAGAGAUCGCUGAUCGCUUUUAUGUCGCUCUCCCCUUGACAACUCUACAAAAUCCCCAGUACGACACCAUGGAAAUACAUGCCCACAUCGACCAGUUCGGACCUCAGGGAGAACUUGUCUCAGCGCGGAUAUCUCCUUCCCGGCCCCGAGGACAAUUUCCUGCACCGUCUCUCCGUUCGACGAGGCGAGUUUGUUCACUCUGUAUCGUUCUAUUUUUCUUACCGGCAAAUAUUCCAGGUGGCUUCUAUAUCGACCGUGGUUGUGCAAAGCUCAUCACGUCUGGCAAGAUCACUGUCAAGUCCGGGCAUGAGAUUUCCCACUUCUCCCCUUCCGGGUUGGUAUUCGACGAUGGUUCGCGAGUAGUCGCAGACCUUGUCAUUUUGGCUACUGGGUACUCGAAAACUACAAUUAAACAAGUUGCCGAGAGCCUUUUUGGGGCCCAGGUCGCUGAUGCCGUCCAUGAGCUUGGAGGAUGGGAUAAUGAUAAUGAGCUCGCAGGUGUUUGGAGGCCGACUGGACACGAUGGACUCUGGUUCGCGGAGGGCGAUCUAUUUUCUGCACGGUUCUACUCCCAAUUCCUUGCGUUACAGAUAAUGGCGAGGGAGAUGGGAUUGUUGAGUCCAGACCAGAGAACUUACAUCUCAUGCUGA